CUCCGCUGUCCGGUACCGGAAGCGCCGAACUUUAGGAAAGAGCCGUUAUUAUUAGCCGUUAACCGCUGCCUGAAGCGAUCCCGCGCUUUCUGAAGGAGAGACGAGAGAUUCUGCUGCUGUUCGCCCCGUGUGUGUGUGUGUGUGUGUGUGUGUGUGUGUGUGUGUGUGUGUGUGUGUGUGUGAUUCGAUGUUUGGUCGCUUUUACGGUAUUUAUUAUUCAGUAUUUAACGGGAAUCUCGUUGCUUAAUCUGCUGAUGAAGUUUCAGAUGCUAAACACCGGUUUCUGAAGCAGCUUAACUGUCUGCCGCCAGUCUGCGUGUGUGUGUGUGUGUGUGUGUGUGUGUGUCGCAUUCCAACCUGUGUGAGUUAGUUCGGUGUUUUGUGCUCUUCUCCGCCGUUUACCGGUGUCCGGUGUCAGCUGUUUAUGUUGAUCCCGCUGAUCUGCUGAGUAAAUCGCCGUUAACUGUCAGUCUGCCUACUCACGGGUUUCCAAGGUAACAGCUGUCUCGCUUCUGGAGUCACGUGAUGCUGAGGGUUUUCACACACACACACACACACAUUUAUCUUAUCGUCUUGUUCUACAUUACUGUAAUGUCAGGGGGCGGGGCUGAAUGUGUUCAGUGGUGCUGACAUGAAUAUUCAAAUGGGGCAGCUUCUGGAUCAAUAACAGAUGUGGGCGGAGCUUGAGAUGAGUGACAGAUUAAACUGCCCUCUCGCCAGCAAACACCAAUCAGAUAGGGGCGGGGCUUGUUUUAAAUGCAGUGUGAGUAAAGAGCAGGUUUCAAGCAGGGGAGGAACAGCAGCAGCUCCUCUGCCAGUGAGUGAGUUAAUGAGUGAGUUCACCCUACUCAACUCUGCAGCACUGAUUGUGUGUGUGUGUGUGUGUGUGUGUGUGCGUGUGUGUGUGUGUGUGUGUGUGUGUGUGCAGCUCAUCUGCUCAUGUCUUCACUCUUGGAGGAGAGUCGAUGUUGAGUUUGGCUGUGGACGGAAUUCCUGAGCUGGAAUCAAUCUGAUUGGAUGAGUGUGUGGGGGCGGGGCUCAACACUGUACUCCCAUUGGCUAUGAUCGUGACUCCUGCUUUUGCAGAUGGAGCUCUCGGCCUGCAGGAGCAACUCAUUCCUCCCUCCUGAAUCCUGCCUCCUCAUCUGAUCCGCUGGUUUUCCUCUGACCCCCUCUGCCAGCCCGCUCUCUGCCUAUCAGCACUGCCCUGAUGUGGGUCCGCAGGUCGUCCUGUAGCCUGGAGGAUCCAGCGGCACCGCUGCGGGACACACAUGAGAAGCAUUCGGCCCCGAUACACGCUCUGCUGAACUCCCCGAAUAGCAGAGAACACUCGGACAUCCCCGAGGGACACUGCGGUGUUACUGACGCCCAGCAGCUGAGAGAGAGUUUCCUUCAGGAGUGUGAGGCGGUGUGUGUACACUCGACUGAACACACUGCAGACACUACACACUCUGCACAUAGUACACACAGUGAACAGAAUACACACCCUGCACACACACCGGCGGACAGCAGCAGUGUUCUGCAGAAAGCUCUGGGGGUGCAGGACAGUGUUGGGUUGGAGGAGAUGCGGGCGGUGUGUGUGAACGGCUCCAUCAUCUUCCUCCCGGAGACGAGUGUCAUGACGCUGCCGCUGCAGAGGCCGCCUGACCCCAGCAUGUGUCCGGCAGUGCCCGUCCCGCUGCCCUGCACACAUGACCCCGCCCUGGACCGCAGCGCCGCCCUCAUCUCCGCAUUCUCCAGGUUCCCAUACCCGACGCCAGCGGAGCUCACCGGGCUCACUGCGGCCUCCACACACCCCGAGCAGCAGAUCCGGCUGUGGUUCUCCACCCAGCGGCUGAAGCAGGGCAUCUCCUGGAGUCCAGAAGAGGUGGAGGAGGCUCGGAAGAAGAUGUUCAAUGGCAGUACAGUGUUGAGCACUGCUGGUGUGUGUGAACAGACCCCAGAUAGAGCAUCGCCCCCCUGUACAUCGGCCCACCCCUCGCUGAAAUGCUCCUCAGGAUCUGCUGUGUCCACAGAGGUCAAGCGGGCUGAGGUAACCCCUGAUGUCUAUUCUCUCUCUGGGAUUUCAGAGAUGGGAACUUCCAGCCCUGCUCCUCCCGAGGCCUGCAGGACUCCUCCAGCAGAGGAGAAGCUUCCGAUGGUGAACCUCCAGCUGAAGAUCCCUCACUCAGUGCUGCCGAAGGAAAGGCUCCCUCUGUCCCCCAUAGUGUCCACUAAUGUCAGCAGAUCUCUAACUCACCAGCAAACCGACAGUCAUGUUUCCGCCUCUGCUCCUGAAAGCCGGUUUGGCAGCAGUGUCCUGUGUACCGCUGCUGCUCCCUGCUCCAGAAGAGUCUCCCCCUGGGUUUAUGACCACAGCGCAGUCACCCAGACCUCAUGUGCGGUGUCUGCUGGUUUGUUUCCCGCUCCAUGUUCUCUGCUGGAGCAACAGAUGAAGCUUCUGGAGAAGAGUUUCCAGAAGAACAGCUGCCCGUCCUACAGUGAGGUCGAGAGCCUUCAGAUUAGCUCCAGACUCUCCCGAGAGGACGUCGAGAGCUGGUUUGUGGGGCGUAGAGCACAUCGAGAUGGUUUGGAGCAGGCCCUGCUGAGCUCCAUGGGCUGUAAGCCUGUGGACAGCAGCUCCAUCAGCCAGAUGAAGACAGUGUUGCCCCAGAGCCGAUGGCCUUCUCCUGGACAGACGCUAGAUCUGAAGCGAUGGCUCCGGGAGCCGAAGCAGACCUGUGGGCAGAGGAGCGACUGGAGGCCUGCAGACAACACUAAACACACAAACACAAGACACCGGCAGCUGAGAGACCGCAUCGCCCCCCAGCUCCAGAACUGGCUCAGCAGCACGGGCAGCAGCGGGGAAGUGUAUGUGGCAGACGGAGAGGCCUGCGGAGGCUGGAGAACAGGAGACACAGACUCACAGUAGGACACACAGAAGGUGUGCUUCGGGACCGUGGUGAGAGUGAGCGCAGAGCUGAGUCCUGUUUUCAUCCUCCAGUUCGACUUCAGGAUCCUGUAAUUGUGUAGAGUUUGUUAAAUCAUCUCAAGUGAGGGCCAGUUAAACUGCAGACUGCAGGACAUCGUGCGUUGUGGGGACGUUGCUGUAACGUUGUGUGGAUGUUUUCUGUUUUUGAAGCUGAAACUUCUGUGCCAAAGCUGGAGUUGCUGAAUGCUCUUCAGCCGCAGCUCUGUGCAGUGUUGUGCCAGAAACUGAAGGAUCAUGUGACGCCAAACUCCUUCACUCGGCAGCCAUCUUUGAGACGUCUCUCUGCAGUUUGCUUGAUCGUUCUGUUUAAACGGGGAAACAUCAAACUCUCCAAAACUACUAGCCGAGCUCGACUGAACCCUAUUGUAGGAGUCAUCAAUAAAAUAAACAACCGAG